ACAGGAGUUCCGACGGGGCUUUUUACGCCGCGGGUCCGUGCAGGAGGGAGCAGCCGCUCACGCCGCCAACUCCAGCCGGGGCUCCCCUCGCCUGGAUCACUCCCCCCGCCCACUCGCCAGAGAGGCAAGGAAGCCGAUCCCGACCCGGCGACCAGCUCUCCUCGGAGCAUGUCGGAAUCCAGAGCCCACGGCACGGCGGCGGACAAGGAGUCUCCCAACCUGGUGGCCCAGCUGUUUGGGGGGCUGCGUUGGGGCCGCCUGGAGGAGCCCCUGGGAUUCAUUAAGGUGUUGGAGUGGCUCUUUGCCAUUUUUGCCUUUGGAGCCUGUGGUUCUUUUAGUGCAGAAACAGGGGCUACUGUGAAAUGCACCAAGCUUCCCAAGGAGACAACUGCUAUUACUGUGCAGUUUGGAUAUCCUUUCAGGUUGUAUAAAAUCCCAUUUGAUAUGCCAGAUUGUAUCGAAGGAUCAACUGCUAAAAGAGUGCUGCAUCUCAUGGGAGACUUUUCUGCACCAGCUGAAUUCUUCGUGACCUUGGGGGUUUUUAGUUUUCUAUAUACUAUGGCAGCUCUUGCAGUAUAUCUACGAUUUCACUCCCUCUAUAAGGAGAAUAAGAAGCUACCUUUUGCGGACUUCUGUGUGUCUGUCUCAUUUACCUUCUUUUGGCUAGUGGCAUUUUCAGCUUGGGGCAAAGGUCUAUCAGAUGUGAAAGGAGCUACACGGCCUUCCAGCCUUAUUGCAGCCAUGUCAGUAUGUCAAUUCAAAAAUGCAGUGUGCAAUGCUGGGGCCACUCCUUCUAUGGGUUUGGCCAACAUCUCUGUGCUGUUUGGUUUUGUCAACUUUAUACUCUGGGCUGGAAAUUGCUGGUUUGUUUUUAAAGAAACCCCUUGGCAUGCACAGACCACCAACAAGGAAAGUUCUGCUGAACAAGGGGCUGUUGAUAAGCAAUAAGGAAACCCCACCCGCAUUGAAGCCUUCUCCCCCCACUCCCCAAAUCAAGAACAUGCAGUCCCUUUGCUCAUCCCAUGCAGGAAAUGUGUCUUCUCUGCCAUUUUUGCUACUGCUCAGCAGUCAUAUUGGCUUCCCUUUGUGACUGAAAUGGGAGGCCUCUCUCCAGCUGCAAUCAUUGGUCCUCUUGUGGUCGUAGACAGACAGACUGUUCAUAGUUACAACAAAACUCUUCUUUAUUUGGAUUUUUUAUAAGCAUACGCUACUGUACAUUUUCACAUUAGUCACCUAUCUUAAGAUGUAUGGCAAUAUUUCUUUACUGAUGACUUUUAUCAUUUUUUUAAAAAAAUGAAGCCAGUAGAAUUGAAUAAGAACCUAGAAAAAACCAAAUAAUUAGAACCACAGAACUUGGGACAUCUAAGUGCCUUAGAGAGAAAACAUGUCUACUUUGUAGCUAUAAUAGUUGUAGAAACAGUAACUUGCCACUUGGCUGAACAGCAAAAUAAAAAAAUAUUUUUUUUUACCUUUAAUAUAUUUGACGGCAGGAAGGAAUAUGUUACAUUUCUCAUUUUGUAUUACAGAGUAUACCGUAUAUACUCGAGUAUAAGCCGAGUUUUUCAGCACGUUUUUUGUGCUCAAAAACGUCCCCUCGGCUUAUACUCGAGUAUAUACGGCUUAUAC